AAAGACCAGCUACGAAACGAUUUGUAAUAUAAAAUGUCCAGCAUAAUAGUGUCAUUAGUAUAAACAAUAGUAUAAAAGUAUAAAUAAUAAUAUAAAUAAGAUAGCAAGCCUGACCUGCAGCAUGAACAUCCAGCAUUAAGUGCGUAUUGAAAUAAAUAAGAAACUGUCACAGACAGCACAUAAAUUAAUUAAUGUUGCAAACUAACGGUAGUGAGACAUGGACAGUUAAGCAGGAAGAUCUUGACCGUUUAGAAAGGAAUGAUAUGAGAAUGGUUAGGUGGAUGUGUAACACCAGUCUGAGAGACAGAAAGAGUUCAGAUGAGCUAAGAAGCAGGCUAAGUCACCGUAGAAUUAAAGAUGUUAUAUUAUGUUAUGUUAUGUUUAUUAUGUCGUGUAGCAAAACUAUGUUCUUCCUAUUUAGUUAUUAAUAAUUCAAUUAUUUCUUCACUGUUUUUGUUAUAUUUAUUAAAAACGCUAUUGUAGCGACGCAUUACCUUAAUAAUUUGUUUGGAGAUCAUAUAUUAUAAAAUACACCUCUUCACAGAAAAAGAAGUAAGCAUAGUGAAUUUGAUCAGGCUUUGAACUAUGAACUCAUGUAUGGUUUGUCUAGAGUACCCAUUUGCAAGUAAGGAUUUGUGUAUGAGUUAAAAAAGGUUCGAAUUAAAUGUGUUAUAAUCAUCAAACAUGUUUUGGGGCAUUACAUUAGAAUCUGGGAAGAAGUAUACCCAAGUUCUCCAACGCUCAUUUCAUGUUACAAUGGCAGCUCUAGGGUUUGAGCCUGUUACAAGUGAACCUGUUGCAGUCGUUGUUGACGUAAACAAAGCACAAUUUGUUCUGUGCACACUACAAGCAGAUAAGAUUCCGCAACAAACACUCAAUUUAAAUUUCACUGAAGGAGAAGAAGUUUCCUUUUCAAUAGAAGGUGAUGGCGAAGUGCACCUAACUGGUUAUCUACUACCCACACCACAUGAGUAUAUCAUUUCCUCCUCGGACGAAGACACAGCAAAUUCAGAGGAACAAGAAGAAGAAGAAACAGAGGAUAAUGAAGAGGAUUCCAGUGAUUAUGUGGAUGCAGUUCGUUUGAUAGAGGAAGGACUAAAUCUCAAGAAAAAGAAAGCGAAACACGACAUACUGCGGCGAAAAAUACUUCUUAAAAGGAAAGAUAAAUCUUUAGAAGCGGACGACAAAACAAUGAAGAAAACGUCAUCAAAGUCAUCAAACAAAAAUACUGACGAAAUAACAGGGAAAGUGAAGCAGGUGAAUCAUGACCAAUCGAAAGAAAAUACUGACAUUGAGACCGCGAGUAGCGAAAACCAUGUAUCUUCGUCUGUAAAAACGCAAUGGUUGGAUGAUGUGAAUAAUAACCUUAGUCAUGCUAACGUCAGCAAUAAUGGCAAGCUACAGCAUAGAAAAAGAAAAGUUUUAGACGUUGGAACCAAUAGCGGGGCCACAUCCAUGAAACGAAAGCGGAAGAAAAAAGCUAAGUGAAGACGUAAGAUUGAUGUUUGCAUUAUCUGAAGAUGGAUAGCUAUACCUGUCGCAAUGAAGCCUCAUUUGUCAGUCCAUUGAAGGAAAAUGUAAAAAUUAAAUUCUUCCCCUUCAGCUGUAAUUUGUAAAUCCUACAGGGUUUUACCUUUCAAAGCGCCUACACACUUAUCGUAUACAAACCUUAUUCAUGAACACGUGAUUUUAUACACGUUAUUUAUUUUCCUCAUAUUUGCAGCCGCUGUGUGGGGGACCAGUGGAGUGACUCCUGCAAGUUGGAUAAAGUUGGUCGCCUUCUUUAGCGGGAAUCUACCUAAUAGUCCCCGGAUAUGAAAGAUACUUGACCUAUUUUACAUUUUCGACACAAUGGACGGAGAGGAUAAAGGCUACUCUUUAUGACCAUUCAUGACCACAAUUUUAAACGUCGUCGUCUGUACCUAAUUUUUAUUAUAUUAAAAGUGAUAGUGUUUUCCGAA